GAGAGCAGAAUUGGCGUUUCAUCGUUCCUUGAAUAGGUCCAUUUUUCCCAUUUCCGACGCGAAGAGCUUGCUCUUAGUUUCGAUAUCCACCUCCGUUCUUGUUCUUGGAGUUCUUGUGGGGUUUCUUGGUUUCUCUUGGUUCCCCAACAAUGGAGCUCUUUCCACGGUUCCCGAGGAACAUCCAAGAAUCCACCAGCAGCUCAUCAUCGGAGCUGCAGCCCUUCAUCAACCUGGACGACCGCAGAAGCCUCCAAGUCCAAGAUGAGAUCUCUGAUCUCAAGCAGCAGCAGCAGCUUUACGAUUGCGAGAAGGAACAGAUCCGCCUUCGAGAUGAAAUCCGGGUCCUCCUGGAGUUAAUGGACAACUCUGGCAUGCGCUUGAAACAACUCGAGGAUGACACGAGGAUGAAGCUGAUGACGUGCCUCCAGGAAAAGGAGAACAAGGAAAGGGAAAGUGCCGCACUAGAGGAUACAGCGAAGUCUAUCAAGGAAGAACUUGAGCGUUUUGAGACAGUAGAAGGACAUCAAAAGGAACAGAUGGCAAGAUUGUCUUCUCAGCUUGAAUCCCUGCAAAGUGAGAACACCAGCAUGAGCAUCAACCUUCAAAGAUCCAAUUUGGAGGUCAAGGCACUAAACAAAGAGAUUAAGAACCUGCAGAUGCAGCUACUUGAAGAAAGUGACUACCUCCUACCUAUUGAAAAGAGAAACAUGCGUCCAGCAUCUGAGAGCAAGCAUUCCACAAGUGCUUCUGCUGAAUUGAGAAAUAUUCUAGACAAAAUGUAUGUAAAGUCCUUUUUCAGCUAUGAAUUUGUAUGGAGAGUUAUUUUUUUAGUGCAUCUGGGGCUUGUAUCCUAGAUGGACUCCUUUUCAUGUGAAAAAUUAAAUCAUUAGAUACUUCAGAGAGAAGUUGUUGAUGAUCACUAGUGGCAAUAAUUAUUAGAGUAACAAGUUUCCAGCACAGAAUAAUAAGUGGAUUUUCUUCAUGCUAAACAUUAGUUGCAUCCAACCAAUGAUAUAAUCAGACUACCAUCAAUCACACGUUUAUACUUCCCUCAUGUGGUUAAGACUCUUGGUAUUGGAUGAUUAACUGAAGUAUCACUUUAUUUUCUCUUCUGACUUCAUCGUUAAUGACUCUUGAUUUCGUAAAUAUUUAUGAUGCCUAACACCUAAAAGAGUUAUGAUGUCUAACUAAUAUCAGGAACCAAAAAUAGGAUAAGUUAUGGGGGAUAUAGUAUUUUUCCAUUGUCUCUCCUCUAAUGUGCUUUACUUGAUCUGUUGAUCAUCAUAAUUUUUUCUUGUUUAUAUUUAAUUUUGUACA